AUGCGGAGGUUGACGAGACCGCGCAUCGCUUUGCGUUCCACGCGAAGCGAGUUGUCUGUCCGAGAAGGAAUGGAUCACACGUUGGCAAGUUUGUAUAAAGUGCCCCGCGUUCACUCCGAGGACUGGCUGGAGAGCGGGGAGCCAGGGGCUGACGGGGAGGACCCCGAGUGCGGUGCAGCGCGCGCUUGCGCGCGAUCGCGCGCCGCCGCCGCCCCUGCGCCGCCCAUCGACGAGUGCGGCUUCGGCGUCCUCGGCCCCCCCGCUCCCCCUCCUCGUCCUCC